AUGGGAUUUCUAGUUUCUAAAGAAAACCUUCUCCUCUUCCUUUGCGCUAACGUCUUCCCUGUGUGCAGCCAUGUGGAAACCCGAGCCCAUGCAGAGGAGAGACUCCUGAAGAAACUCUUCUCUGGCUAUAACAAGUGGUCCCGACCUGUAGCCAACAUUUCAGAUGUGGUCCUCGUCCAUUUCGGAUUGUCCAUCGCGCAGCUCAUUGACGUGGAUGAGAAGAAUCAAAUGAUGACCACGAACAUGUGGGUGAAGCAGGAGUGGUCUGACUACAAGUUGCGCUGGGAUCCUCUGGAAUACGAGAACGUUACAUCCAUCCGCAUCCCUUCAGAACUCAUUUGGAGGCCGGAUAUUGUUCUCUACAACAAUGCAGAUGGGGACUUUGCAGUCACCCACCUGACCAAAGCCCACCUUUUUUAUGAUGGAAGAAUCAAGUGGAUGCCCCCUGCUAUCUACAAAAGCUCCUGUAGCAUUGAUGUCACCUUCUUCCCCUUUGACCAGCAAAACUGCACCAUGAAGUUUGGCUCCUGGACCUAUGACAAAGCCAAGAUAGACUUAGUGAGCAUGCACAGCCAUGUGGACCAAUUGGACUACUGGGAGAGUGGAGAAUGGGUCAUCAUCGAUGCUGUGGGCAAUUACAAUAUCAAGAAAUAUGAGUGCUGUGCAGAGAUCUACCCUGAUAUCACCUACUUCUUUAUUAUCAGGAGGCUGCCCUUGUUCUACACAAUUAAUCUGAUCAUCCCUUGCCUCCUUAUCUCCUUCCUGACUGUCUUAGUCUUCUACCUGCCUUCGGAGUGUGGUGAGAAGAUCACCCUUUGUAUCUCAGUGCUGCUGUCACUGACCGUGUUCCUGCUGCUCAUUACGGAGAUCAUCCCUUCCACCUCCUUGGUCAUCCCCUUGAUUGGAGAGUAUCUGCUUUUCACCAUGAUAUUUGUCACCUUGUCCAUCAUCAUCACUGUCUUUGUGCUCAACGUGCACCACCGCUCCCCCCGGACCCACACCAUGCCCGACUGGGUGAAGCGGAUCUUUCUCGAUGUUGUCCCACGCCUCCUCUUCAUGCAACGGCCCUCAGUGGUGAAGGACAAUUGCAAGAAGCUGAUUGAGUCCAUGCACAAAAUAGCCUCCUCUCCACAGCUUUGGUCCGAGACCGAAGUGGAGCCUAAGUUUACUACCUCCUCUUCAAACAGCCCUCAGAGCAAAGAACCAUCACCCACCUCUUCCUUCUGUGCCCAUCUUGAGGAGCAAGUCAAACCCCAGACUGUCGGCAAGUCACCGUCUCUCCAGUACUCUGUGCUACACCAAGAGCCAGCACAGGCUAGCUGCUCCUCCCUGCAGCCCCCCUGCCAUCCGCUGAGUGACACCCAGUCCACGUCCAUCUCCAAGAGCAGAUCAUUAAGUGUCCAGCAGAUGUACAGCCCAAAUAAAGUAGAGGAUGGGAGCAUCCGCUGCAGAUCCAGGAGCAUCCAGUACUGCUACCUGCAAGAGGAGUCCUCCCAGACCAACGGCCAGACCAGUGGCUCUCCGGCAGCUCAGCGGUACCGUCUAAACGAAAAGCAGCCCCAAAGCAAAGCCUCCCAGUGUAAAUGCAAGUGUAAAAAGAAUGUGGCAACCAGUUCUUCGGAGCAAGGAACCAAAACUCUCAGCACCAAAGAGCAACACGUUUUGCUGAUGUCCCCUGCCUUGAAGCUGGCAGUGGAGGGGGUCCAUUACAUUGCAGACCACUUGAGAGCCGAGGAUGCGGAUUUCUCAGUGAAGGAAGACUGGAAGUACGUUGCAAUGGUGAUCGACAGAAUCUUCCUUUGGAUGUUCAUCAUAGUCUGCUUACUGGGCACCGUUGGUCUCUUCCUUCCCCCUUGGCUGGCAGGAAUGAUCUAA